UUCCCUCUCCUAGUAACCAAGUCAUCUCUUGAUAAUAGAUGUCAGUGAAAGCAGCUCCCACCCCAGCCAUACAAAGUGUGGCAUCAGGGGAGGGAAAGAGACUGAAAGAAAGACAGCGGUAAAUGCACGAAAACAUGCAAUGUAAAUACAGACAGUGUUAAACGGUGACAAAGCUUAACAGUUUUUUCCCUAAACUUCUCACCUGUGACUUUAAACUGACCCAGCAUGGACCCAGCGUUCAAGUUUAAAAGGGCACAGACUAUUUCACCUUGAAAAAAAGAAAGGAAAAAAAAGGACUGGAACGGUUACUUCAGAAGAGGACAACCCUGGACGUCCACACUGAAGAUUAAAAGCCAUAUUCUCUUUGGCAUUACGGUUUCCCUCAUCAUGUCAGAGACUCAACCAAUUCCUGCACAAACUGAGGUGCCUCCAGAGUCUCCAGAGGUGGAGUGUCCAGUUUGCUAUCAGGAGUAUGACCAGGACUCCAAACUCCCGCGCAUGCUGGAAUGCCUUCAUGUCUUCUGUACAGAAUGUCUCUGCAAAAUCCAGCUCACUCCUUUGCACCCUCCAGACCCCAACAGCGCCCCCUCAAUCUCUUGCCCGCUGUGCCGCCACUCCACCCCACUGCAGGGUGGCGACGCAUACUCUCUACCCUGUAACUCAAGAAUUCUCGCCCAGCUGCCUCCUGUAGCCUUCCGUCUGCCUGUGUCGGUGUCUGCCCGGCUGGCCACGGUGACCCAGCGGUUGGUGCUAUCUCUGGGAGAAAGGGAUACCCGAUUCAUAAUCCUGCCCACUGUUAGUCUGAGGGUGGAGCAGAUGGGAGAAGGCACAGAAAUGGUAAACCCACCUAGGGUGCUGCAUCGAGAGAUUGAGGUUCUGAGGAGACACAAGAAGACCCUGAUGUGUGUUCAGGUUCUGGCUGUCAUCUUCUGGAUUAUGUUUGUACUGACUUGUGUGAUUGGGGUUGUGUUUGGGCCAAGCCUUUUUCAUAAUUAAAAGAUUAAGGACAUGAAUGUAUCCUGUUACAUUAAUAUGUAUUCUGUCCCUGCAUUUUUCAGAUGACAAUAUAUAGAUAAUUAUAAACAGAUCAUUUUGAUUCUACAUGUAAAAUCGACUGUUCUAAUGAACCUUUUAGUUACCUUUGAUAUUAGUUGCUUAAACCAAAUUCAAAAAUGGCAAGGUUAGU